CCGGUUCGACCGAGGAGCGAGGAGACUGCAGUUUCCCUCCCUUCAUUCAAAAAUGGUUUGGCCCAUUUCCCCGCGUGUUUUCAAAAGUACUCCUGCUAGCCCCGCCCCCUCGGGUCACUGUGGACUCACUGUGGACUCACUGUGGCCUGACUGUGCCAGAAAUCAGGAACACAAAAACAACGAGAGAAAAGAAGAAGAGUAAUUAAAAAGAUGGGUGUAAGGGAAUGUGUGUGCACUUCUCUGAAAGAUGUGAAGUGGGAAACGAAGUGAGCAAGGAAAAUUCUCAACCAGAUUCACCUGAAGCAGACAUCACGUACGACACACCCUGGAGUCAAACUUCUACAUGAGUGCACAGUGUGAAAAGAUCAACAACUGAUGAACCACAGCUGAAGGGCAUAGUAACCAGGUUGUUCUGCAGACAGGGCUUCUAUCUCCAGAUGGGCCAGGAUGGAAGUCUGGACGGGACCAAAGACGACAGCACCAACUCAUCUCUGUUUAACUUAAUUCCUGUGGGUCUGAGAGUCGUGGCCAUCCAAUCAGUCAAGACCGGCCUCUACAUCGCCAUGAAUGGGGAGGGUCACCUCUACUCGUCGGAACUGUUUACAGCAGAGUGUAAGUUUAAGGAGUCGGUGUUCGAGAACUACUAUGUGAUCUACAGCUCGAUGCUCUACAGACAGAAGGAGUCGGGCCGGGCCUGGUUUCUGGGCCUCAACAAGGAGGGACAGGCCAUGAAGGGGAACAGGGUGAAAAAGACCAAACCAGCUGCACACUUUCUGCCUAAACCUAUAGAAGUUGCGAUGUACAGAGAGCCUUCGUUGCACGACGUCGGGGAGGCGGUGCCUAAAAUCGCCGUGGGCCCGCCUUCCAAAAGCACAACCAGCGAACCGGUGGUCAUGAACGGAGGGAAACCAGUCAGCAAACCUGACAAGGAGGAAACAUAACCCCGCCCUUCUUUAUACCCCCUUCCUCCCCCUGACCAAUCAGAGGCCCGGAAAGGACAGAAACUCUCCCCACUGCUGCACAAUCAAAAACUGCAUCUAAAGGUAAACGAGCAAACACGUUCUGACUGGUCAGCAGUGGGGCCGCUGGUCCCGCGCCCACCUCGGAUGGAGCGCCCGAGGGGGUCAGGAGGAUGAAGACCGUGGACCGGGCCGGAGGCGGUCAGAUGUUCUGACUCUGAGAGGCGAGACAAAUGACUUCUUAAAAAUAUAGACCAAGUGGAAAAUGUUGUCUUCAACGGUAUUUUUCUGUGACAAUCUGUAAGAAUGAGGCCCCUCCUUUUUUCUUUCCUUCAUGUUUUCUGUUGCCAGGUAUGCUUGCUUGCUGGUAGCCACACACGCACACACCCACACACCCACACACACACACACACACACACACACACACACACACACACACACACACACACACACACACACACACACACACACACACACACACACACACACACACACACACACACACACACACACACGCACGCACGCACGCACACACACAUCGACCACAAGGCUUCGAUCUUUUGGUAAACACCGAACAGAUUUAAAAAAAUCAGAGGGUGCCUAGUCAGCAAACAAUUAAGGAGUAAUUGUUCCUCUAACGCUGGGCGCUCAUUUACAUAUUGUUGGAUCUGAAUGAUCCUGCAGAUUGCUUCAGCUUGCAGCCGCAAACACGUCCAUGUUCUUCAUUUAUACGUUUCUGGAGUCCAGUUUCAAGGAUCGCAUCUUAAUGCAUCCAAACAAAGUUCUAUCUCUAUUGUUUGCAGACACAUGGAAUAGCAUUUGAGCCCGACUGUGGCAGUAACAAGCACUUUAAACGCUCCUGCUGAAGCAACCUGCAGGAGCAUGAGCGAUCCACACUCCUGCAUGUGUGCAGGACAAUCCAAAUUACGGCGUGCCCCUGAACACCUCUGAGCUCAAAGCAAAGUGUUCCUUUACUUCCUGUUUGUUGAGCAGAAGUAUAACCCUGCACACACGGAGCACUCGUGAUUCAAGACACAUCUGUACAGGCACGAACAGAUAUUACAGUUAUUCCCCCUUCUUUGCAAUGAUUUCCACAUCGUGUAGCUCUAAAGAAGACAUCAGGCACGUCACGUCAGAAGUGAGUGUGUAGCAGAAGGAGUUCCCUGUUUGUAGCAUCACAGAUAGUGAGACAGAUACAGGAGGCGUGCUGGUGUGUGAGCAGCGUGGUAGCAGUCAGUGUUUACAUGGAGUAGCAGAUAUGGUAACAGAGGGAGGGUCAAACCUCCAGAGUAGUGAGAACAGCACUUCUUUUUUUCAGUUCGCUGCGCUUCGAAUAACGGUGAGAAUGAGGGUAACAGAGAACAGGGUAGACCACGUUAAAGCCACUACGUGUAAAUCCAAAUCUAAGAGUUCAGAAGUCUUAGGGAGAGAGGAGAGAGCCGAGGUAGUGGAAGAAACAUGAUCUCAGCGUCUUAAAGGACGAGGUGGAGCCUGUUUCAGUUUAUGCAUUUGCUGUCUGGACGUCACGUCUUCCACAUCAAACUCGUGAUGAUGCAACAGGUUGAAGGAGAAGAGUGACACAGCUAGCAUUUAGGGUAUUAUUAGCAUAGAAUGAAUAACAUGGAAAGAUGGAGACUAAGAUUGAUGACACAGAAGAUUUAGAAUCACACAUAGUGGCUUUAGAUCUGCACAGUAUCCUUUAAAUAAAGUAAGCUAAGAAAUUU